AAGACACCAAUCCAUCCAUGGAAUAUCCCAAAUCUUCCAGAGAGAUUUUCCUUGAGCAUCAAAACAGAUGACAUAACUGGCAGCACAUUGUCGGGAAAUAAGGUAAAAGAAUAUAUUGCAAACAUGAAUAAAAAGCACUUAGUUAAUUCUAUGCUAAAACUCAACCCUUAAUUUAAGCCCAUAUCAACAUAUAAAUUUUCCAGACUUGAGUCGACCGUUGGUAGAUAGUCAAUUUCCUUAAAGAAUUAGUUGAGAGAAUUUGAUAAAAGAUCAAACCAUUUUCCCCUAGAUGAUCACUUUAUUAAUAUUAUUCUAAUUACCACCUAAGUUAUCUUUCAAUUGAUUAUUAUUUGGAAAAAAAUUGAUGUUGGUCACUAGUGGACCUAAAGGGUUAAUAAUUGUAAUAGUUGACUCUACAGCUGCCCAUGCUCUAGAUGUUGUCGGUCAAUUAAUAGUAUUCUUGGUCGUUGUGUAGCUCUUUGAAAUAUACAUUGUACUGAUUCCUAAUGACAAUUUUCACACAUAUUCCAUACAUAUAAUGACCUCACUCUUGUCUAAUAAGUAGUAUUUAAUUAUAACCAUAGCGACUGAUAUUAUGUACUUCAAAUACGUUUAUGACACCCUGAGGUACACUACUCCAUUUCAUUGAUCAAUGCAGUUUUUAUAGGUUAUAGGUUUUUUAUAGGUUGAUUCUCAAUUUUAAUAUUAUUUAUGAUCAUGAAUAGUUAUGGUUGAGAAUUAACCUCGGUUAUAAAACCUUUUUUAACCUGAAUUUCAUUUUGACCUACAACAUGUACGUGCCAGUUUUGUCAUCAUUGUUUUAUUUUGUGCCAUGUAAUAGGUACGGAAGUUGGAGUUUCUUCUGGCUGAUGCACUGAACAAUGAGUGUGACACCAUUUUUACAUGUGGUGGAGUGCAGUCAAAUCAUUUUAGAGCCACUGUAAUAGCAGCAAGACAGCUUGGCUUGGAUUGUUAUUUGUUUCUUAGAAGCUCUGAACAGGUCAGCUACACUGUAUAUUUUCUGGCAAUGUACAAAAUGAACUCCUUUUUAAAUCGGUCCCCUUUACUUGAUGCCCUUGCUGUUUGAACCUAUCCACAUUAGCUCUCAUAUAUAUUGCUAUGGGAACCAGAAAAACAUUCCUGGAGCAAGAGUUAAUAACCAAUAACAAAUUCAAUACAAUGUGUGGAUUUACUUCCACAGUAUUCAAACCUGGGGUAUAUUCACCUUGUUGGAAGGUGUGUGCCCUCACUUUCCCAAUUUCUAUUCCACCACCCUUGUUUUGCCAUCAAAUCAGACAUUAAUUAUUUUAUUGAACCCAUCAACAAUAGAUGAGCAUGGGGAAUGGUGCCUGAAGAAGGUGGAGCGACGAGACAGGCAGAGUCGAUUGCGCAGUGCAUGAGGGGACACAAAUUGCCUUAACUGUAAGUAUCCUGGAGAGUCCCAUACAGUUUACAAAAAUCAAGCUUUGUUUUCCCUAAAUGUUACACCAUACUUUGCCCCAAAAGACGUUAAAAAUUUCUCCAUGAUAGAAGAGUGUUUUGCUAGGGUUAAAAAAGUUUGGCUUUCAUGAGUUUCAAUACAUAGGUGCAAAAGCUUGCAAGAAAUUAUCAACAUAAUUACAUAGCACACAAACAUUGUAAUCUAACUCCUCGCACGUAGCCGGAAUAAGCCAAGUAAUGAAGCAUAUAACAAAAACUCGUCCUCAAAUGGUCUCGAUAACUAAAUUAUACUUUUUUUUGCGAAAGAAACUUUUGUUUGUAUCGGUGUUACCCAUCGAAAAAGUGAGGAGUUAUUGCAUAACAUUAAGUAUAACAGAGGUAAUACUCACGGUUUUCACAAGUUCUAUGCUCUAUUUUUCACCAGGAAACAAACUUCAAUUCUUACCUUACAGUUGUCGGUCCUUUUACCUUGCAUUCGACAACAAAUUAAAGGCGAACAAAGCGAUGAAAUCCGGCACUCUUAUAAAUAGCAAGCCGCACGAAGUAAAAUCCACCAAUAUGCACUGCAUUCUCACUACAAAUAUAAACAAAUGUCGUGGCGAAAAAACAACGAGGAGGAAAGGAUGCCAGAUCUUCACCUCGGCUCCAGCUAGAAGAAUGUGGACUCAAAGUGGGACAAACAUUGUAAUUUUUUUAGAAGCCUUUUGCGCGCAAACUAAUUUAUUCUGGUGCGAAAUGAAGAUUAAAAAAUGUAUACUGCAACCUAAUACACAACAAAAAUUUUUUUGCACUUUUGAGGAGUGUGACAUAUUAAUGGGAUUAAGUCAGAUUAGCUGCCCACAAAGAAAACAUCUCUGGGUGGGAUUGUACAUCCAGUAAAAGCAAUUUGUGUCCCCUCAUGAUCCAUGAUAACCUGUGGGUGGAAACCACCAGGCACUGUCACACUGAAAAUCACCAGAGGCUGAAAGACUUACCAUGCCAAGAGGGAUGGGCAGGGAAGGGGUAAACUCAAUGAAAACUGCCCAGCAGUGAAAAACAAACAUGGAAUGACAUCAAAAGCCAGGCUGUUAAUACAUGUACGCGUGAGCCCCUGCAUGCAACCCCUGGCCACCCCACAUACUGAUCCAUGGAGGAAAACUGCUGGCCAGCAUUGUUUUGUGUUUAACUUAGCCUUAUUACAUUUAGCCACAUUUAAAAGAUUUAUAAUUUCCCAUUCCUCUACAUGGCAGCCACCUCAGAACUACCACAGUACACAACAGCAAUCUACUGCACCAAAUAUUGUGCCUUGAGUGGGUUGAAUUCAUUUUUUGUUACGUGUUUUGCCAGGAGCAAGUAUUCUAGCACUGUCAACUGGAGCGCACUUUUCGAAACCUAUAUAAGAAGGACACCCACUGUUGGUCGCUUCCCUCGCUGUUUUCAGUCAUUUUCUGCAAUUAAGCUCCCUAAAUGUGAUGGACACCUUUCUUUAAAGUCCGGAAAGUUGAUUCCCACUGUGUUUAUCUGCAAGAGUUUAGUAAAUUUCAAUUUCUGUUAAAUUUUAAACUAUUAGCGCCCUCUUGGGAGCUAGUAAACUGUAGAACAUUUUGUUGAUUCCUGUUCAUGUUGAUGCAGUCUACAGAUAUUGGAUGUAAAGGGAAUCUUUUUCCAAAAAAAAUGGUUGGAAGCCAUGUUGUUGUUCCAAAACUUCAGCAUAAAUCAGGCCUUAAAGAGAUGAUGCAGAAAAUGGCAGAAAACUGGUAAGUGGCUUUAAUGACUUAAAAAGACUACAAAAACCAUUUUUUAGCUGGAACAUUCUUAUAAUGAUAAACAUUGCAUAGUGAGAUAAUUAAGGCACUUCUGGCAAAAGAUCAGAAAACCUUACACUAGCUCUUAUAAUUGGCCACCCACAAAUUGUAAACUUAAGGUAAUUGUAAACUUAAGGUUUUUUUGUCCCACCACCCCAAGAGAAAUAAUUUUGAUUUCUAAUUUCCUUUUUUGCUAAGUACGCUGGAGCCAGUGAAUAUACCUAUAAUUACAUGUAACUGAUUCCCCUGGCCAACUCAAAAUCUCCUUAAAACCUUAUAGCAGUUGCAGUACUGUAUUAAUUGUUAAUCGUAUUUAUUUUGUCAGAAAGCAGCAGGGAUCCUCAGUAUAUUUGAUAGAGAUAGGUGGUUCAUCUUACACAGGGAUGUUUGGUUACUUGACUGCAUUUCAAGAGAUGAUAGAACAGGUACACUGUAUGAACUAUAUGGUUUAUUUGACAUGCAUUUUGUAGGUUGUAGCUAUUCAUAAAGAGAUUUUUAAGGUCCUAAGUGACUUCUCAUCUCAAUAUUAUUUAUUUUAAGCAAAUAAAACAAAGGUAAUUUGAAAAGAAAAUCUACAUUUACAUUGUAGCACUGAUCAGAAUUCCCUUGACAGAAAUUUUUUUUCAGGAAGCAUCUUAAAUGUCAAAGUUUCUCUGUGGUCAACCUUGUUGCUUUGUAUGGCAUUCGGUUAUAUUAAGUAAUGGUGACUGACUUGAGAUGAAUUUAAGAGCAAAUUUUAAGGAUUAAUUGCAAAGCAAAUGGAGCUUUGAAGUGAAAAAAUAAAAUUAUUAUCUCAGCAGAAGGAGUAAUUUUUACUUUACACCACUUUAUUUAACAAACAUGGUUGUUUAUAGUGUGCUAAAUGCUACUUCUCAUCUUUUUGGUAAAAGGUACCUGUAUUUAACAGAUGCUGUAAUUAUUAAGAAGGUGCUAGUCGGGCCAGUCCAUUAGGCAUCUACUUAGUAAAGUGUGCCAUGUUCUUUUAAGGGAAAUAUAAAAUAAGAGAUGAUCAUGCAAUCCAGGUCCAUAUAUUUCUUAGCCUCUCAUGCAGAUGUUCUUUGGGGUUUGUCACGCAUUCCACUGAUGACGUUAGUGGGGCAGGAAUGUGUGACAAACCCCUAAGAAUGUCUGCAUGGGAGGCUAUACAUUUUUUAGAUUAUUUUGUUAUUUUGUUAAGUAGUUGUAAUUUGUUAGACCUUAGUUGUUUUAAUUUAUUGUUUGAAUGUCUUUCAUAUUUAUUCAGAAUGUGUUAGAAGAUUAUGAUGAUAUUGUAGUUACUGUCGGCAGUGGAGGAACGGCAUCAGGAAUUGCUAUUGGCAAUUACUUGACUGGCUCAAAACUCAAGUAAGGCUCCAGUUUGCAUUUAAAUAAUAGUUAUUUAGGACCAACCAUGCAGUUACUUGCUUAAAAGAGAUAUUUGCACUUUGCUAAAAAUGUGGUAACAAAAUUAAUGUGCUAGACUGACCAGUUCAGUUUUCUAUGGAUUGUGAUUAAUGCGGAAAAAAAAUUGCCAAUAUUCCUUUAGUUUUUCCUCUGUUUUGGAAUAAUUUAUUUUAAAGGUUGAUAUACAGGUAGCCUUCAAAGGCAAAAUUGCUUCAUGAUUCCCACCUUUUUUCACUAACAGAGUGGUUUUCCUGGCAAAGCAAAGUAAUCUACUGUAAAAGUACAAAAUGAAAACAGAAUAUAUAGAAAAAAUGACUGAAGCAAAUGUUUUAAUUUUUGUUGCCAUAAUAGUGUAAUAAACCUUUUCUCCCUAAUUCCUCCCUAGACUACUUGGUAAAAAAUAAACAACAACAACAACAACAAACAAACAAAAAAAUCACUGGCCUUUAAGUAGUAAUUAAGGCACUUUCUAUAGUCAAUCAAAAAGAAGAAAAAGAAGAAAAGUAAACAGAUGUAAAUCAUCCAAACUGUCCCCGGCUAUUGCAAUUCAAAAUUAAGCUAUGUUUACUUUUCUUUCUGCUUAAUUUCUUCUGUUCUUUUGUUGGGGAAAGUGAAAUUUUGUAUCUUUAUGGCUCAGUCAGUAAGAUUUGCAUAAUUUUGUGGAUGUUGUGCAAAGGUUAAAGAGAUUUACUGCUUCUUAAGGAAUUAUUCAUGAAAAUACGGUUGAUAGUUUUAAUUGGCUGAACUUCCAGUGGAGGGGCUUACUCCCAAUAAUGGCCUAUUUGGGGAGGCUCCCCCCAAAGGGGUACGAGUUUUUAGGCUUCAGGUACAUGAAAAGGUGGAAAUUUCAAGUAUACGAAAGAGUAAGGAAACCUGUGAUUUUCAGUCUGUAACUAUAAGGCCCAAAAGGGCUGACAUACACAUCAUAUGAUUAUUUUUAUGGCUGUGAAAUAUUUGAGAAAAUGUUAUGGUUUUGUGAUUGAUUCAUUCAAAAUUCAAAGUGAAUUUACAACAGCUAAAAGGGAUGCAAAGUUCUAUAGCUUAAAGGUAUGUGGAAGGGGUACAUGAAAGAGACACCUUUUCUGUCAAAGAUGUGGUAGUAUAAUUAUUAUAAAUGGGUAAGGGAUUGGACCUUCGGGCAAAGCCUACAAAUGUAGUCCCUGUAUACAGCUGUUUCGAGAAAGGUUGUCGGAAGAAAUGCGCACGGGGCAAUCCCGAAAUAUGGGAUAUGACCAAUACACUGUUCGUAAACGACUGAAGUUGUCGAACCUACUUUUGUUGCUUUCCUUUAGUACUCGCAAACAUAUGUCCGUGGCCUCCCGUACCAUUCUUUCAAGUUUCUUUGAAGAACAGUGCCCUCAAAGCCACCCACAAUACGUUUCGGGAUUGCCCCAUGCACUUUUUCCGACAGCCUUUCUCGAAAUAGCUGUAUAACUUGGUAAAAAAAAAUUGAAGCUGUGAAAAAUUUUGCUUUUUUUCAACUUUCUAGAUGCCAUGCAGUCAAUGUGUCUGACAGUGCAGCUUAUUUUUACAAUAAAAUCAAUGAAGACCUUAGGACUUGGGGAAUUGAUGUCAGAGCAGAAGAUAUUAUGGAGGAGGAUAUGGUGUGUCCACUCAACAACAACUAGGUGGGUAGGACUAGAGGAAAUAAUGUCAAAGCAAAAUAUAUUAUAGAUAUUAUUGAUGGCUACAAAGGGGGAGGAUAUGGUGUGUUAACUCAACAUAAACUUGGUUGGUACACUCUUGCACUCUUGUAGGACUGGGUUGGUGGGGAAAUUGCUUUUCAAGAAGCUGAUAUUAUUGGUGCAUGAAAAGGAGUGUGAGGAGGUGUGUCGCAACUGCUCACGGGAUUGGUUGGGAAAACAAUAAACAAACAAAGUCAACAAUGAAACCUAGCCCCAAAUCAAAAGAGCUGCAACUUGUAAGGGUACAACAAAAUUUUAUGAGCAAUCAGAGUGAAGGAGGUGGGUAUUUGGGGGGGAGGUGGGGGGUGUUCACUUGUGUAUACUGUUAAAGUUGCUUGGUAUAAUUUAAUUCUAUACACUAUAGAUUCUACCUGGCAACUUCCAAACCUCCCCCCACUUCCCCCAACUCUUCUCAUAGGUUGGCCACUGGAUUUAAUUGGAAAACGUGUAUAGUCUUUCUGGCUCCUUCAAUUCACAUGACAUACAAUACAAUACAACCGCUUCCAGCUAAGUCUUUGAAGUUGGUAACAUUACAGAAUAUUUGACGUCCAAGGGACCUUAAGCAAGGACGACGACGGCGGUAGUGAAAUCGUCGGUAAAAAAAUGAAUUUGCCUUUUUCUCAAACUUAAUCGCGUCUAUUCCGACCCACUCAAUACGUCAGAUACAGGCGACUUUUCCGGAGUUGAGUUCUUAAGGAUUUUAUUCAGGUUCAAAAAGAGGAAGGAAAAUUCGUCGUUGUAUGUCCACGUCCUCCAUAAAACGUCAAAUUAGGAGGUUUUACGUGGACGCCAGAGAAAUGUACCAAAAAAAGCGUGAUGCACGUGCAGAGCUGUUGUUUUGAUCAUUAAACCUAUUGUUUUUUUGAAGUCGUCGUUGUGGUGGUGGUCGUACUUGCUUAAGCUCCCAAACGGCAGACGUGAAUUUACCACGUGACCAAGUUUUCCCCUUAUUUUCCGUUUACUCUUUACUGCUUCUACACAAAAAUAAGUAGUUUAUGCCAGUUUUAACCAUGGGAAUCGUUCGGGACUGUUUUUAUCUGCUUAUUCUCUAUUCUGAGAAAUCCCCAACUUGUCCGACGUUUUCCGUUUGUGGUUAACGUGAACCCUUUAAUAUCUCUACUGUACUGUAUUACCAAUUAGGGAGCUUAAGCAACGACGACGACGGCGACGGCAACGAGAACGGCAAAAAAGCAAUGGGUUUAGAUUAACAAAACAACAAUAUUGCGCGUGCAUCACGCAUUCUUGUACAUUUCUUUGCUGUAGUUGCACGACAACAACGUGAAACGUCCUAUUUUCACGUUUUGUGGAGCACGUGAACACAAGACAACAGUUUUCUUUUUUCCAAACUUCGAUACUCUCUUUAAGAAUUCAAUUCCAGAAUUAUUUGCUGAAGUGAGCGAAGACAGCGUGAAUAUACUUUUUAAAUGACGUUUUUGUGUACAAUUCUUUACCGUCCUUGCACGACUACGACGUGAAAAUGCCUAAUUGCAAGUUUUAUGUAGGCCGUAACAAGCGACGAAGAAUCUCUUUUUCUCUCUCUAAACUUGAGUGCGGUCCUUAACACUUCACUAGCCAGCAUGCGCCUUGUCUGCGUGAAGAUAAGACUGCGCGGAGAACGUGACCGGUGACUACCUGUCAUUUUUUUUCAGGACCUGGUGCUUACAUGUAUAUUCCCAUUUGGCGGCCACUAAAAAAACCCUCCAAGUAAAAACUUAUUAUUUUAGUGUCUCAGAAUGUUGUAGUUUUCUUUAAUAAUUAAAAGACGUGAUCAUCAUGAAACCGCUAAUGAUAGCUGUACUCUUGAUAGAGAUUGCUUUUUUGGGGCGGUAAUGCCUUUUGGAAAACGGUAGAAGUUGCACUUCAAAAACUUCUUGGGGUGGGGAGGGGGGGAGGGGGCUCCAUGACUGCUUGCGACUUCCCCGGCUACUAACAACAAAUACCCGGCAACUUGAGAUCUUAGUGACAACCCUGAAUAAUUGACUGAGUCGUUUGGUGUGACGCGACAAAACUGGUGUGCAGUGGUUUUAUUUUGACUUAUUGUAUUUUGUUUUCAAAUUGCAGAGAAUAUUAUUGAGAUCUCAAGAACAACUGGAAUAUUGGUGGACCCAGUAUACAAUAUACAGGCAAUCAGGGGAAUGUUAACAGGGAUGAAAAAUAAUCCUGGAAGAUUAAAAGGAAAACGAAUACUCUACAUUCAUACA